AUGGCUGAGGACAGUGAAGUAAGGGAUGUCAUAUGUAAAGGUCCUUAUGUGACAACUAUGGAGGUUAAAGAUGGAGAGGUCACAAGAGUCAUUCCCAAAACUAGAAAACAAUAUAAUGACUCUGACAGACUAUUAGUCCAGAAAAAUCAUAAAGCAAGGAAGCUAUUGAUGUGUGGCCUUAGUAUAAAUGAAUACGAUCUGAUUUCAUCUUGUGAAUCAGCCAAGGAAAUUUGGGAUCUGUUAAAGACAACUUAUGAGGGCAUUGAGGAAAUAAGGAAAUCUAAGCUAGAUCUCUUUUCUACUCAGUUUGAAGAUUUCACCUUGAAUGAUGGUGAACUCAUUCAUGAAGUGCGCACCAGAUUCUCCAACAUCACAGAUGAGCUCAUGUUUCUUGAAGAACCUGUUCCUAUUGUCAAGCAAGUCUCUAAGAUACUAGAAAUUCUUCCUAGAUCUUGGACAAAUGAUUUUGUAACUGGAAAUGAGACAAGAGAACCUGAUGUAAUGACGAUGCAUACACUAUUUGAGCAUCUUCAAGUUCAGGAGAUGCACAGAAAAAAUGAGGGGCUCUUUCUCAAGGUCAAAGACAAGAAGACUGAUCUGGUUGAUGAGGCCGAUCCUAAGAAAGAAAAUAAUGACAAGGCUACCAGCUCAAGUGAAGUGUGUGGCAUGAGUUAUCUGUCUGGUCACUCCAUUGGAAACUUUUCUGUGCACAAAGCUGGCCACAUGACAUUUGUCACAUCUGCAGAAGGUAAAGACAAAGAGGGGGACCUAGUCCAUCCCAAGAUAAGCAGAAGAGAAGUCUUCUUUGGGGCAGUAAAAAGAGAAAUGGCUGCAUGGGAAAAAUCCUUAAGUGAUUCAGAUGAUUCUGAAAAAAUAGAUAAUGUUUUCAUGGCAAAGUCAGACGAGGAAGAUUCUGAUGAAAAUAAUUGUGGUCGAGAUGGAAAUCUUAAGGAAGAUUGUCCAAUUUUUGAAAAAUUUGAAAGAAGUUCGUCAAAUUAUUCCAAAAAGCGGAAAAAAGCUAAAGAAAGGCAUGUGAAGUUUGCCCGAUCUGAAAAUAAUCAAGAAAAGAAAGAACGGGAACCUGGUCUUCAUGCUAAAUUUGUCAAAUCCGACAGUAAUGUGGAAACGGAGCGCAAGGGACCUGGUCCUCCCUAUUAUUUUAGCAAGAACACUUUGCCCCAUUGGACAGGAAGGUUUCUUGUUAAGCCUUUUGACAGUUAUUGGGAACUCUAUUUUAAGUGGGUUCCUAAGUCUAACAAGUAA